AUGCUGGCCUCUCUGUCCAUGAUGAUGUCACAUGGCUUCAAGAGCAGUAAGCAGGACUUCACUUUUGGACCGUGGAAAGUGACGGCUUCCAAAAACCACAUCAUGAAAUCCAAAGACAUUGAACGGCUAUCAGAAGACAUGAGCAUGCCCUCUCUUCCAGAGAUGUUAUUUGGAGAUAACAUACUGCGCAUCCAGCACACAGAUGGUUAUGGUAUUGAAUUCAAUGCCAUUGACGCCCUUAAGAGAGUCAACAACAUGGAGGAUACUGUCAAGGUUGCUUGUGCUCAAGAGUGGCAGGAGAGCAGAGCUGAUGCUGAACACUCCAAAGAUGUGAUAAGACCUUAUGACUGGACUUACACCACAGACUACAGAGGCACUCUGACAGGAGAAGGUAUGCAGAUAAAGGUGUCCAAGACAGCGGAGCGUAUUGACAUGGAGAAGCUGAAGGCUCGGGAACACAUCAUGUUCUUUGAUGAGGUGCUGCUGUUUGAAGACGAGCUGCACGACCACGGAGUCUCGAUGCUUAGUGUCAAAAUUAGAGUGAUGCCCACCAGUUUCUUCCUGUUGAUGCGUUUCUUCCUCCGAGUGGAUGGAGUGCUGAUUAGAAUCAAUGACACUCGACUCUAUCAUGAGGCUGGAAAGGUUUACAUGCUACGAGAGUUCAGCACAAGGGAAAGCAAAAUAGCAGAACUGAAGAAUGUUCCAGCUCCACUGUACACUGAUCCUAAUGAGAUCGCCCAGCAUUUAACCCUCAAGUUGACAGAGUGUGAGAAGCUGGACCUUCCUGUGUUGCCGACCCAGACAGCUGAUAAUAAAGUAAUUGAGUGACACACCGGUGUGCUGCAAAAUGGAAAAACAGAAUAUUAGUCUUAAACUCCAUCCUUUAGCUCACAUUAACACAACACCAUAGCUACCCUCAUGAUUUCCUGUACAGGAACAAAUCGUUUGUGAUGCUUGUUCUUAAACCUGAUAGAAUCUCUAACCCUGUUUCAGAAAUGCAGCUUUUCUUUUGUUUAUUUGAGAUUUUGUUUUAUGAGCCAUUUCAAUGGUUUGCUUUGUGACAUAAAGCCUGGUAGAAUAGCUGUUUCUGUAUUUCUAAUAUUAGUACAUCAAUAAUUUGUCAAUCACAAAGAGUUCUGUAUUUUCAAAAUAAAACAAUUUCUGUAAAUAUUUUUACUGUGACCUGUGGAAGGUUAAGAACUGUAUUCUUCCUUUGUGUCUCAAACACCUCCAGAUUCAGUGUAAAUGUCUACAAUAUGUUCGUGUAAGAAUAAUUCUCCUGCUUUGUGUGAAAAAACAGUGACUGUCAAACAGGUUUACCAUUAAAGUCAUUUAAAUCCG